AUGUACUUCUCCCUCUCUUUUCAGAUUCGGGUAAAAGUGAUAGAAGCUCGGCAACUUCAGGGUGCCAAUAUUCAACCAGUUACAAGGGUCACAUGUUUUAAUCAAAUGAAACAAACGCGUGUUAAAAAAUCAACGAACAGUCCAUGUUUUAACGAAUCAUUUUUCUUCAAUUUCCACUCCUCUCCUGCCGAAUUAUUCGAUGAGAUCAUAGAAUUUAAGGUGUUUAACUCUCGUAAAUUACGUUCUGAUGCUUUAAUAGGUUCGUUUAAGUGUGAUGUAGGAUUAGUUUAUGAUGAAAAUCAACAUGCGUUACUCAACAAAUGGCUGCUACUUAGUGACCCUGAUGACACAAUGUCAGGGGCCAAAGGUUACCUUAAAAUGUCUGCCGUGGUUCUCGGACCCGGGGACGAGGCGCCUAGUAUGAAAACAGACAAUCAGGAUGAUUCUGAAGAUAUAGAAAGUAAUUUAUUACGACCUGCUGGAGUUCAACUGCGUCCUGCCACCUUUACUCUCAGAUUAUACAGAGCCGAGGAUAUACCUAGAAUGGACUCUGCAUUUAUGGAAGGAGUAAAGAAAAUAUUUGGUGGUGAAGAACAGAAAGAAUUAGUUGAUCCUUAUUUUGUCUUCUCCUUUGCUGGAAAAGAUCUACAAUCUAAAAUAAUGUAUUGUUCAGAUCAUCCAGAAUGGAAUCAAGAAUUACGUUUGGGACUUCAGUUUCCAUCAAUGUGUGAAAGAAUUAAAUUUAUGAUCAAAGAUUGGGAUCGACUGAGCGAAGAUGAUACAAUCGGAACAUUUUUACUACCAAUUUCACUAAUAUCUUCAAGUGGCGACACCGAAUUGUGUUUGAAGUUUUAUUUAUCCCGGACUUUAGGUUAUCUACCAACGUUCGGACCCUGCUACAUCAAUUUUUAUGGGUCGACUCGAGAAUAUUCUGAUUUACCUGAUGAAUAUGAUGAUCUUAAUCUUGGAAAGGGAGAAGGUGUGGCCUAUCGAGGUCGAGCUCUAGUUGAAUUAAAGACAGAACUGGGUGAACUACCAGAAUCUCCGAUAGAUGAUAUUCACCAGGAUGAUAUACUCCGUGUACAGAAAUUUAUGAGAAGAAGAAAAUAUCGUCUACACGCAGCAUUUUUAAACGCGACCAUGGUCAACUCUAUAGAUGCUCCGGUAGAAUUCGAAGUCAGUAUAGGUAACUAUGGUAACAAGUUAGAUGAGAAUGUACCACCAUGUGCCUCGUCAACUCAGCCUACCAACGCUGUCUUCGAUGGUUGCAGUUACUACUUCCUGCCCUGGGGUGGCACCAAACCCUGUGUGGUGGUGGACAGUUCCUGGGAGGACAUCAGCUUUAGAUUGGAAGCUUUGAAUUUAAUUUUAAGAAUUAUUGAUUCAUUGGAUUCUAACAUGGAGAGAGUGAAGAUUGGUAUCAAGGCUAAACUUCCCGUACCAGAAGUAGCUCAGUUAUUGAUCUCUUUGUUGGAUCAACUCGUACAGGACUGCAAAAAACAGUUACCUGCUCCAAUCCAAGGUCAGCAUCAGACCAAUGAAUUAGAUAAACUAACGACACAAUAUCGUAGAAGUGAACUGGACGGAAUCGGAGAGCAGGCCGCGAAACUACGAGAAAACGCUACAGAUAUUAACGAAGCAAUGUCUGAAAUCGAGAAUUUUAUGGCCAUGUUGAAAAAUUUGGCUGUGGAGCCCCAGAACAGUAUGCCUGAUGUAUCAAUAUGGAUGAUUAGUGGUGAUAAAAGAAUAGCGUAUUUCCGUAUUCCAGCUAACGAAGUUAUAUUCUCUAAUAAUCCUAAUACAAUUGGUCGACAGUGUGGUAAACUACAGACUGUACAACUUAAGUUCCCUGGUUUGAAACUAGAAAAAGACAAGAAAUGGGAGGUACCGACAUUGUUACAAGUUCGUCUGUGGUUAGGUCUACAGAAUCAGGAAGCAGAGUGGCACAAGAUGCAGAAAGAAGGGGAAUUGGCUGUUUUUGCUGAAACUUAUGAGAAUAUGGUCAGUAUAUUGGGAUCGUGGACGACUAAAGGACCAACCAUGUCACGCCCGAAAUUCUCUGACAGUCAAGGAAAGGUUUCUCUACCAAAAGAUAAUUUUGUACCACCACCAGGGUGGAGAUGGGACAGUGAAUGGUAUGUCAGUCCCGAAUUGAGUAUGUUAUUUGAAAAAGACGCUGGUCAUAAGAAAUUUAUUGAAGAUAUUUACGAAUGUCAAUCACGAGGUAUCCCAGGUGGAAACUGGGCACAAGCUUCACGACCCUGGUCAGAUGUUAAAGGUGAUGAAUGUCCAGGCAGAGAUGAUAUUAAACUAACAGAAGGUUGGAAAUGGGAUAAUGAUUGGCAGGUGGAUUUGAGUCGAGCUGUUGAUGAAGAGGGUUGGGAGUAUUGUGUUGAAGCUACUAUAGGAGGAUAUGGUCCAGUAGAAAAAACAUAUCAUCUUUGUCGACGUCGUCGUUGGUUACGAUCUCGUACUCUCACUAUGGAUACCAAAAAGAAAGCAGCACAGGCAGCAGCUGCGGCCGAUGGCUGGGAAUAUGCCCCGCUAUUUAACAUGAAGUUCCAUGCUAUAGAACGAACUAUGGAUUUAGUCAGACGUAGAAGAUGGCAUCGUAAAAUGGUGGCAGAUAAUCCCAGUGCUUCUUGUUUCUUCAGUAUGGCGUCUGGGGUAAGUAUGAACUUUAUUUCUUCAAAUCCAGAAUGUCGAGAGUUGUUGUUUUAUUUAAUUAUUUUUUUUUCAGAAUGUUACAAAUAUCAGUUACGAGUGUAUUUAUAUCAAGCUCGAGGUUUACUGGCUGCUGAUGAUACUGGUUUAUCAGAUCCAUUUGUUCAAGUGUCAUUUUUAACACGAAGUAUGAAAUCGGAAACUGUUGAGAAAUCUUUAUGUCCCACGUGGGAUCAGACCCUGAUAUUUGAAGACAUAGAAAUUUACGGAAACCCCAAAUCUAUCGAAUCUCAACCGCCUGAUAUAAUUCUUGAACUCUUCGAUCACGAUACGUUCGGUAAACCAGAGUUUUUAGGAAGAACUAAAGCUCAACCAAUGGUAAAACUGGAUCCAUCUGAUGCUAGAACUCCCGUAUUACAAUGGUACGAUAUAUUCCGUUUCAAUACAGAAGGAGGAGAAUUACUCGCUGCUUUUGAACUCUUCUUGAUGACGGGUAAAGAUUUACCGUUUUUACCCCCUAAGAGAGGAAAUCUAUACCUGGUCCCUAACGGUAUUCGACCAGUCAUGCAGAGAACAGGUGUAGAGGUUCUAUGUUGGGGAGUAAGAAAUAUGAAGAAAUUCCAGCUUGGUAAUGUAUCUUCACCUAGUAUCGAGUUUGAAUGUGGAGGUAACCUAUUACAGUCUACAGUUAUCAAAGAUACCAAGAAAAACCCUAAUUAUGAUGAACCCUUGUUAUUCUUUGAUGUGAUGUUGCCGAAAGAUGAAUUAUACAUGCCUCCAGUUAAUAUACGAGUUCGUGAUCAUCGUCAAUUCGGUCGUAAACCAACUGUAGGAAACUAUGUACUGAAAUCACUAGAAGAUUUUAGAAUUGAACCAUUAUACGAAGUUCAAGAUGACGACAGCGAAAAAUUGAAGUUUCCACAGUUAGAUCUGCCGGACGUUGGAACAUCAGUCUUACAGGAAGUUGGUGAAAUGAAAGAUGCUCUGAUUGACGAGAAAGAAGAGCUGGUCGAUGAAGAAAUUGAUUGGUGGUCCAAAUUUUACGCAUCUAUUGGCGAAACGUCAAAGUGUAAAAAGUAUCUUGAAAGAGGCUAUGAUAAGAUUAAGAUCUAUAAAGGGGAGUUAGAGAAGUCAGAAACAUACAAUGGGUUCACAGAUUUCUGUACGACCUUUGCCCUCUGUCGGGGGAAAGAUGAAGAUGAAGAUGAUACUAAUAUAGUUGGUGAAUUUAAGGGGUCAUUCCGAGUGUAUCCUCUACCAGCAGACCCUGCUGAGCCUCUACCCAGGAAAGCUUUAAGUGCUCUGCCUCCUAGUGCACCUGAAGAAUGUAUUGUACGAGUUUAUGUUAUUAAGGCGUUUGAUCUUCAACCCAAUGAUUCCAGUGGACUGGCUGAUCCCUAUCUAGAAGUAAUUCUAGGGGAUAAGAAGAAAAGUACGAGAGAUGAAUAUAUCCCUAAUUCUAUCGAUCCAGUGUUUGGAAAAAUGUUUGAAUUGAAAGCCACCAUUCCACUAGCUAAAGAUCUGAUAGUAAGAAUAAAAGAUUAUGAUUUAAUCAGUGCUGAUGAUAUAAUCGGCGAAACUGUUAUAGAUUUAGAAAAUAGAUUCCUUACUAAAAAUAUGGCUCUCUGUGGUCUGCCUGGUUCUUAUUGCAUAUCUGGAGUGAAUCAAUGGAGAGAUAGUCGGAAACCAAAAUUAUUACUAGAAGAUUACUGUCAGAAACACCAUAUGCAGGUUCCUAUGUACUAUGGUAAUAACAGUGUAAAAGUUGGUAAAACUGUACAUAAUCUGGCUAAUUUUGAGCAUAAUGUCCGACCCAAUGUGAAUUGGGGACCACCAGAAGAACGACUAGCGUUACAUGUAUUAAAUACUUUCCCGAUAGUCAAAGAACACGUUGAAACACGACCAAUAUUUAACCCUCUACAGCCAAAUAUAGAACAGGGUAAAGUACAGAUGUUUGUGGAUAUUUUCCCUAAAUCUGUGGGUGAACCUGGUCCACCAUUUGUUGUUGAACCUAGGAAACCUAAGGGCUAUGUAUUACGGAUUGUAAUAUGGAAUACAGCUGAUGUGGUACUGGAAGAAGAAUCUAUAACAGGGGAGGCUAUGAGUGAUAUCUAUGUUGUAGGAUGGAUGUCCGGCAUUGAUGAGAAACAAAAAACAGAUGUACAUUACAGAUCAUUAGAUGGAAGUGGUAUGUUUAACUGGAGAUUUGUAUUUCCGUUAGAUUAUCUACCAGCUGAACAGAGUAUGGUUGUCAAGAAAAAGGAACAUUUCUGGAGUUUGGAUGAAACAGAACAACAUCUAGCCCCAAUUCUGAUGACACAAAUCUGGGAUAAUGAUAAAUUCUCAGCUGAUGAUUUCCUUGGAACUCUGGAAUUGAAUCUGAAUAAUAUGCCGUUCCCUGCCAAGAAAGCUCGAAGCUGUGAUUUGUCAAUGAUUCCUGAUAUUAACAACCCUAAAGAUAUAAAGACUGUAUCGUUAUUUGAGUGUAAACGGUUACGUGGAUUCUGGCCAUGUUAUAAUGAUGAAACUGGAGAGAAAAUAUUAACGGGUAAAGUAGAGAUGGAGUUGGAGUUGAUUCCAGCCACGGAGGCUGAAGAAAGACCAGCCGGCUGUGGUCAAGAUGAACCUAAUAUGCAUCCCAAACUAGAUCCUCCAAAGCGUCCUGACACCUCAUUCCUGUGGUUUGCGUCACCAUGGAAAACAUUUAAACAUAUAAUAUGGCGCCGUUAUAAAUGGUAUUUUAUUGGUGGUCUGAUUCUGUUGAUAUUUAUAUUAUUAGUCGUUCUCUUUGUCUAUUCAUUCCCGGGCGAGAUUUCCAGAUUAAUAGUCAACGGAAAAUAAAGAUUCUUUUCAUCUUAAUUAUUCGUCACAACAUUUGAUAUUUUUAUUACCACUACCACUGCAUUUCCAUUCCUUACCACAUCUUUACCACAUCCUUACCACUGCAUGUUUACCACAAAUUUAUGACAAUUUGUGACACAAGUCAUUUUGGCUAUGGUACAAUUUCACUGCUUCAUUGCUUUGGAUGUGAAUAUUUGUAAUAGCCACUGUAGUCAUAACAAACUAGAUUACUGUAAUAACAGUGUCAAUUUGUUACAUUAAUUUUGAAAGAUGUUGAAGGAUUCCACAGUUCAUUAUAAAAUUGCUCUGAAUAUUAAAAAAAAAAAAUUAUCUAAGCUGAACAAUACAACAAACUAAACAAUUUUAACAAUAAAAUGGACUGAAGGUUUAUUUAUUGAUCUUAAUUCGUAUCAAUUGUAAAUUUCCCAAUGUGCCUUGUAUUUCAGGAACAAAUAUCCUACUGGAUGAUAAACGGCUGAAUAUGUAUCUAUGUAUUAAAUUCAUAUCCCAUAUUUAAAUAUUGAUAGCACUCUGAACAAGAAUCUUUGUAUAACUUGUCAUUUUC